AUGGAAGCAGCGUCUACAUCUUCAACCUCCAAGGUGAUACUACAAUGCACCGACCCUUCAAACGUCCUUGAGGCAUUCGAGGCCCGUCUCGCGCCGCGGACACCUCUGAAGAACCUGCACUGGAAAUCACCGACCCGACCACUGCGAUCUAUCCCGUCGCUCAAUACCAGCGUCGUGCGAAAAGACCCCUCACAGGCAGGAGCGCAAUCAUCUGCACGAAGACAUCAGAUUCCUGGUCUCCGCGAGACUCCCUAUGUUAAGCUGUACCUCCUUCGAUGCGAUGAUAAAGAUACGUACAAAGAAACGGCGAGGAAGGAGAUCAAGCAGUGGAUCAAAGAGAACACCUUUGAAAAAGAAAGUAAGAGCUCCCUCAAAGUUCAGGAGCAUCACGAUGCUUUUGAAUGGAUGAUCGUACAUGUUGUUAUUCCAGGCACUCAGGCCGCAAAUCAGCCAGUUUCGUCUAAACACCUAUCACUCAAUGAUACGGAGAGCACGGAUAGCGUCAACAGCAAGACGAAAUGGACAGGCAAGAGUAGUUCGACCAUCUACGAUAAGCUACGAGCAGACUUCAGCAGUUCGAAAUUGACCGUGCCGCGAGUUGCGCAAGUCCGCUUGACAGAACCUGGGAAGCCACCAGGCGCACUAGCCCCUUCCGAGAUCGAAGAGCAAUGGCAGGACUUCACCAACUAUCUGAAGGCGAGCAUACUCAGGUCAUUUGACAUCCGUGUCGCGCAGUACGAAGAAGAUAUCAAAGAACGGGAAGGUCAAAGAAGUCUGCCUGGUUGGAAUUUCUGUACCUUCUUCAUCCUCAAGGAAGGACUUGCUCGUGGCUUCGAGAAUGUCGGGCUACUCGAUGAUGCCCUUGCUGUGUACUCCGAACUCGAGGUUGGGUUGGACAUGACCGUUAAGGAGCAGUAUGAGAAGGGAGACAGCGAUACUAGUGGUGCGCUGCUGCCAUAUUCUAAUGAAUUGAAGACUACGAUUCGACAUGCCCUCGACGACAAAGUGCCAGACCCAGCUGAUGAUGGGAGAAGUAUAUACAUGGCGGAGAUCUUUGCGGUGAAUAGAGAGAAGCUUCCUUUCGAUGUCGACAAACGCAAAUAUCGCGAUCUCAUACUCGCCAACGAGGUCUCUCCGCUCGAUGUUCGAAUUUACAUAUUUACUCGACAGAUGGAGAUCAUGCUCAGGCGUGCAAACAUUGCAAGUCCGCAUGGGAAAGACGCUCCUGUCGAUUACAACGUGAUGGCUGAUUUGGCAGAGCUCGCGCUGAACUUCAUCAACUUGGGCUCGCGAGAAUUGAGGGCGGAUUUGCACAAUGCAUGGGGUGGACGUCUCUCAGGGGAGGAGCGCGCGCUUCAGAAGAUCGUCAUAGGCAAUGCUGUUGCCUCUUGGGCCUGGUCCGCGGUUGCCCAGGUUUUAGGCUACCUUCUUCCGGUCAUCGACCUCAGUUUGGAACAAUUCGACACUUCAGUGGACGUGCUGGAAGAAGAUGCCAGGCUUGAUCGCAAUCAACGGCCGCCUCAAACACCAAAUGGUCAAUCACCUGCCUCUUCUGCCGCCUCCAGCCCGAGACGCGGCCUUCGAGCCGAAUCGCUCUCCCGAACCGCGUCACAAUCGCGAAACGACUCUGAAGAGAACCGGUUCAAACAACCAGGGUUAAAGAAGCCUGGCUAUGAUCGCCUGUUAGCGCUAAUAGCUCGUAUAUUCCUCUUGGCACGGAAGACAGUUGAAAACCUCCCCGCUGUUGGUCGGUGGGUGAAUGCACUGCGAGACCUUAACAUAUCUGGUUAUGAACAUGCUAGUCGAAACUUGCACCGUCUGUCAUCCGAGUUCAGCAUUGCCACCCUCAAUGGUCUCAACGGAGUCUCCCCCGCCCAUGACGAAACCGACUUGUCCAGCAAUAGGCUACAAUGUCUUGAGCCGCCAGUCUUGAAAAUUGCGGCAAGCCUGGAAGAUCGCUUUCAGGAGCUAUACUCUCUUCUGUCGCAAGCAAUGCACCAUCUCUACGUCGAAGCAGACAACAAACACUCUGCUCGUCAAGUUCUGAUUGAUCUAGCCAUGCUGGCAUUCAGCAAAGGUGAUAGACCCUUCGCAAGAAAGUGUCUGAGCACGAUUAUGGGAGCCGCGUCUCAGGAUCCACUGGUGGCUGUUCAGCCUCAUGUGCUGGCUAUGUAUGCCGAGUGUCUAAAGGACGAGGACCGGCCAGAUGACCUCGCUCUAUGUCUAUUGGAUUGUCUUCAAACUUCACCGGGUGAAACACCUUACCGCCUGGCUCAACAGCACGCCGAUCAGCUCGUUAAUGUGGGUCUGAGGAGCACGAACAUUCGCGUUCAUCUGCAUACAAUUGCCGAAGUUGUGCAAAUCGACCAGUCGAUUACACAUCGGCCUCAAGCCGGUGGAUUCUCUUUAUCUCUAACAAUUCGGAGCAAAUUCACAGCCAAGUUAGGCGCAUUCAGCUCUGCUCAGUUGACGCUGAGAGCCCUUGAAUUAUCCGAUCCCCAAACGAUCGUCCUCGAAAGCACUGAUCCACUAGAGCUCAAACAAGCGCCCACUACCAUCAAAUUCACAACCACAACGUCUACCAGUGGGUGGUAUCAGGUCGAACGUCUGGAACUUGGCCUCGGCAACAUACGAUUCGAACACGACUUUGAGGCAGAACGCAAGAAUCCUUUGCAAAACGGUCCCAAGCCCGCCCAAAUCAGAGCAGAGUCAUUGCCAAUAAUGGUCUAUCCGUCUUCCGAGAUAGUCCGUCUAAGUGCCGAACAGUCUCAUUCGAUUGACCUCAGCCUGCCGCGGUCUCUGACACUCACUAUGACCCUCGGAGGUCAAGAUGCCGGCCAAUGCAAUCUUCGCGUGCGACCUGGGACAGCAGGCUUACGAUUAGUACUUCAAGAUGCCACAGUGAUCGAUGCUGAAACUCACCCAAGCAUGAAACUUAGUCACAGCAGCGAUGGCAUGGUUCUUCAGUUCGACGAGAUCGAGCGCCAAUCACUGAUCAGGAUCAAAAUACCAUACUCUCUUGAGGGUCACGGGGAAGUCGUCGCUGGCUUGAAAUGCCUGCUCGGCUUCGACAUAGAUGGCGAGUCGUUUACGCUGCACCAGACAUGCAUGGCAGAAACCAGUCUUCCGCCUAGUGUCAACGUCCAGGAUCUACACCGGAGUGAUUACUGGCUCUCGCAGUUCCUCAUUGCGCCAGCGACUGCUGCACCUAUCGUCCUCCAGCGCUGUGACAUAGAAGAUGCCGAAGGACUGGAAGUUGACAGCUUCGGCAGCCUCGCAACCCACACUACUGUCUUCCCGCAGCAGCCUGCAAAAUGGCUGGCUCGGCUACAACGGAAGAUACCGAGCCAGUCAGCGGGCGCGAACGCCUUCACGCUCAAAGUGCAUUAUCAACGAGUAGAUGAGAUGGCUCUCGCGUCCGUGCAAACGCAAUUCUUGGCCGCCGCGAAAAGCGCGGGCCUCGAAGCGGCAGGGGAUCUCCUCAACUCACAUCUGGUUCGUACGCUGAAGGCUCGUUGGUCUGCGCAAGAUCUUGAGAUGCUUGGGCUGACCCAAGAAGUGGAAGUUUGGGAGAAGGACGAUCUGCAAUGGCGAGAUGUGCUCUGGGCAUUUGAAGGCCGAAACAAAGCAAAGAUUGAUGCAUGGCUAAGCAGUUGGCAUGCUGGGCACAAGAUUGUAAAAUUUGAUCAAAGCAGCGGUGUGACUCGAGAACUCUCACUGAAAGUGAACGUGCCGUCUCGUCCGACAGUAGUCACGACUGCUCUUGAGCCCAGGCUGUCGAAAGAGCGGACCACGGCUACCUUGGGCCAACCUCUGGCCUGUGAUCUCGGCAUCAGUGUCACUGGAGAACAAGACACGCGGAUCCAGUACUCAUAUGAGCUCUUUGCUCCGACUGAUACUUGGCUUAUUGGCGGGAGAAAGAAGGGCAUAUUCUCAGCCGACGUCGACGUCCGUAUACCCAUGAUUCUCUUCCCACAACGGAAUGGGUUACUACUACUUCCGAUGAUCGACGUCAGAUGCAGGAGACAAGACGGCAAGAGUCCACAAGCUACCGAAGGAGACUGGGUGGAUGUGCCCAUCGAAUUGUACAACAAAACGCUAUCCAAGUGCGUUCAAGUCACGGCCAACUUGCAGUCGGUGACUGUAGGACUGACAACAGAAGAGACAGCAUCAAAUGCGGGCACGGGACCUGGGGUAAACUCUGGAGUCCUUCUGCAGAGUCAAGAUAGAUGCGACAGAUACCUUUAA